CGGGGCGAGGGAAGGAGGGAGAGAGAUCGUCAAAAACGAAAAAGGUAGGAAAGGGAAGAAGCGCGCAACAGCUAAAAGAUAAUAAUGAAAAAAACUAAAAUCUAAAGGCUAAUCAAAGCUCUGUCGCUCUCGCUCUCGCUGUCCUCUUUCUUUCUCUGGUCUAUGGGUUCUCUCGGAAAUGAAAGGAAACCCCUCAUCUUCCCUCCUUUCCCUUUUUACUUUUGAAAUGAAUGGGGAGUUUGGGAUUCGUAGCUGUGACUGCCUGUAACACUCACUGUUAAAUCCUUUGUUGUCUUUUCCUCUCCCUCUCCCUCUCCUAACCCUAACUUUACCUCCUCUAGAUUCCACCUUUUCGGUCCUUGGUAUCAUCGUCAUCGUGUCCCUCCUGUUCAGAUUUUCAAAAAUGGUGGUUCAGUCGCCGCAUUCGGUGGAGAGUUCUGUACCAACGGCUAAAAACGGAGGCAGAAGAGGGAAAGGUUCGUCGGAGAAGGAGAACGUGUCUGGACAGCGAAGAGCGAGUGCGAGAUUGCUGGCCGCCAAAGAAAGAGCUGAGAAGGCGCUUUCGAUAAAGCGGGGAGUGGAGGUCCUGGACCCGGAGGAAGAUGGAGGCAGAAGCAGAAAAAAGGCUAAUGUGGAGAGUGAGAAGCUAAAUCUAAAAGAUGCUCAAAAUGGGAGCCCAAAACUUCCUGAGACUGAACCCAAAAUCAACGAGAAAGUGGCGAAAAUGGUAGAAAGAGCGGCCAAGAUUGCAGAGGGACUUGAUACUACUAAUGCUAAUGCUCCAAAUGUUGUUGAGAAGAGUGCACAUAUUAAAGUGAAAGAGACUAUAAGGUUGUUCAACAAGCAUUAUCUUCACUUUGUUCAGGAAGAGGAAAAGAGGUGCGGAGCGGUCAAGGUUGGAAAGAAAGCCCCCAAGGGCAAGAAGACCAAGAAAAGAGAUGUAUCUGAAGGUGAUGGCAAGGGCAAGGCCAAGCGACCAGACUUGAAGGCAAUAACAAAGAUGAUGGAGAAAAAUGAGGUGCUUUAUCCUGAGAAAACUAUAGGCAGCCUUCCAGGCAUUGAUGUUGGUCAUCGGUUUUAUUCUCGUGCUGAAAUGGUUGCUGUUGGUUUUCAUAGCCAUUGGUUGAAUGGUAUUGAUUAUAUGGGACAGUCCUACAAGAAAGGGGAGUAUGAACACUAUAUAUUCCCACUUGGAGUAGCUAUAGUUUUAUCGGGCAUGUAUGAGGAUGAUUUAGAUAAUGCUGAAGAUGUUGUCUAUACUGGACAAGGAGGGCAUGACCUAACUGGUAAUAAACGUCAAAUUCGGGAUCAAGUUAUGGAACGUGGUAAUCUCGCACUCAAGAACUGUGUGGACCAAGGCGUGCCUGUCAGAGUAGUUCGUGGUCAUGAAUCUGCUAGCAGUUACUCUGGAAAAAUUUAUACAUAUGAUGGCUUAUACAAGGUUGUUAAGUACUGGGCAGAGAAGGGUAUUUCUGGGUUUACCGUUUUUAAAUAUAGAUUGAGGCGGCUUGAAGGACAGCCAACAUUAACAACUAGCCAGGUUCAAUUUACCUAUGGGCGUGUUCCCAAGUGUCCUUCAGAAAUUCGCGGGUUGGUGUGUGAGGACUUAAGUGGUGGUCAAGAGGAUGUUCCCAUUCCAGCAACUAAUCUGGUUGAUGAUCCACCCGUUGCACCGACAGGUUUUACAUAUUGCAAGUCUAUGAAAGUUGCACGAAAUAUAAAGCUCCCUUCUAAUGCUGCUGGAUGUGAUUGCAAGGGAGUUUGCUGGGAUCCGAAGGCUUGUGCUUGUGCCAGGCUUAAUGGUUCUGAUUUUCCAUAUGUGCACCGCGAUGGUGGCAGAUUAAUAGAAGCCAAGCAUAUUGUUUUUGAAUGUGGUCCAAAAUGUCGCUGUAAUGCUAAUUGCGUGAAUCGUACAUCUCAGAGAGGAUUGAAAUAUCGACUGGAGGUCUUCCGUACUCCAAAGAAAGGAUGGGCUGUUAGAUCAUGGGAUUUUAUACCUGCUGGUGCCCCAGUUUGUGAAUACAUUGGAGUACUCACGAGGACAGAAGAACUGGAUAAUGUGUCUGAGAAUAAUUACAUUUUUGACAUUGAUUGCUUGCAAACUAUGAGAGGGCUUGGUGGCAGAGAGAGGCGGCAACAAGAUGCGUCUUUGCCAAUGAUCCAGAACAUGGACAAAAAUGAUGAACAGAGGUCAGAGAGUGUGCCAGAGUUCUGCAUUGAUGCUGGUUCUUUUGGAAAUGUUGCAAGAUUUAUCAAUCAUAGCUGUGAGCCUAACCUCUUUAUCCAGUGUGUCCUGAGUGCGCAUCAGGAUUUUAAACUAGCUCGAGUGAUGCUCUUUGCAGCAGACAACAUUCCCCCUUUGCAGGAGCUUACUUAUGACUAUGGUUAUGCCCUUGAUAGCGUUUAUGGUCCUGAUGGGAAGGUAAAACGGAUGACCUGCUACUGUGGAGCAGAAGAUUGCAGAAAGCGAUUAUUCUAGGUGCUGAAUUUGCCAUUGUAUGCAUCGGCUCUGAUUCUUGCCAUUAUUUUCCAGACAAAUGGUGGACAAUAUAUUGGUUUCCCAGGGUUAGUGUAUGAUGAGGUGCUGCUGGAUGUUAUUGUCUUAUUGAUACCAAUUUUUGUUGCAAGUGUAGAAUUCUUGAUGCCCCCAACAUGAAAAAAUACACUAUAUAAUCUAUUUUAACAGAUAGAUCAUAGCUCAAGGGAAUUGGUGAAAAAGAAAUAGCAAAUAGUUUAUGCAGUAUUAUCUAUAGAUAUCGAAUUGUAAGACAUUUAUGUAUGGUUGUUUCGAGAUGUGUAUAUAGAUCAUUAUUUUUGGCAUCUGCCUUCCCCUAUAACCUGUUAAGCUUAUUUUGAGACAACAGAUAGGUCUCAUU